GUCCCUAGCGGCCGGCCCCGGGGGCUUUGGGAUAGAUGCCGCGGUCCCAGCCGUGCCGGUUGUAGGGAGUAACACGGGGAGGCCCGGGCAGCCAUGGGGGCGUGUCCUGCUCUGGAGAAGGAUCCAGGGGCCCCCUGGCAUCCCGGAGGACCCAAUUAUGAGUGAUCAAAUCAAAUCAAUUGUUGAGAAGCUCAAUAAGGAGCCUUUUAAGAAGAACUAUAAUUUAAUCACAUUUGACUCACUGGAGUCAAUGCAGCUAUUGCAGCUUCUCAAUGAUGUUCUGGGGGAGAUUGACCCAAAGCAUGUUGUUGACAUUAGAGAGGAGAUGCCAGAGCAAACAGCUAAACGAAUGUUGAGCCUUCUUGGUAUCCUUAAAUACAAACCUCCAGGAAGUAUUUCUGACCUGAGUACAUUCCGCCAGGGUUUAGUUAUUGGAAGCAAACCUGUGAUUCAUCCCGUCUUACACUGGCUCCUUCAACGGACUAAUGAACUCAAGAAAAGAGCCUAUCUGGCACGUUUCUUAAUUAAACUUGAAGUGCCAGCUGAGUUUCUUCAGGAUGAUACUAUGGCUGACACCAACAAACAGUAUGAAGAUCUGAUAGAAGCCUUUAAAAACCUGCAUAAGGAAUGUGAGCAGCUCAAGACUUCUGGCUUCUCCACUGCAGAAAUAAGACGGGAUAUCACUGCAAUGGAAGAGGAGAAAGAUCAGCUCAUCAAGAGAGUGGAGCGUCUUAAGAAGAGGGUGGAGACGGUGCAAAACCAUCAACGAAUGCUUGAAAUAGCAAGACAGCUUCGAGUAGAGAAAGAGAGAGAAGAAUCUUUAGCCCAGCAGAAACAAGAACAAAAGAAUCAGCUGUUCCAUGCAGAGCAGAGGCUGCAAAGAGUACAGCUCCAGCUGAAAGAUAUGCAACAUGCAGUCGUGGAUUCAAAGCCUGAAAGCUUAAUGAAGAGACUGGAAGAGGAGAUAAAGUUCAAUUCAUAUCUGUGCUCUGAAAAAUUUCCUAGAGAACUAGAAACUAAGAAGCAAUCAUUGUAUUUCCUACAAAAAGUGGUUUCAGAGCCGGCUAUGGGUCAAUCGGAUCUCAAUGAACUUGAAACUAAGAUAAAUGAAGUCAAUGCUCAAAUUAAUCAACUGAUUGAAAAGAGAAUGAUGAAGUAUGAGCCAAUUGAUAGUAAAUUUUCCAUGUAUCGACAACAGGCAUCCAUAAUUUCUCGGAAGAAAGAAGCCAAGGCAGAAGAGCUUCAGGCUGCCAAGGAGGAGAUGUCAAACAUGGAGCAGCAAAUGUUACAGAAAGCAAACCAGGCCCGUGAGUUGGAUGGCACAGAAGUUUUGAAAGGUGAUGAGUUUAAACGAUAUGUUAAUAAGCUUCGAAGCAAGAACACGUUUUAUAAAAAGAAGCGUCUAGAAAUAGCAGAAAUUACAGCCGAGUAUGGUAUCCUACAGAGAACAGAAGAACUCCUAAAACAACGUCAUGAGGCUAUUCAGCAACAAUUGCAAGCUAUUGAGGACAAGAAGGGUAUCUCUGGAUACAGUUACACACAGGAGGAGUUGGAGAGAGUAUCUGCGGCAAAGAGCGAGAUGGAUGAAAUGAAGGGACGAACAUUAGAUAACAUGUCUGAAAUGGUAAAAAAACUGAAUGCUAUGGUGGCAGAUAAGAAGUCAAGUUUAGCUCCAAUUAUCAAAGAAUUGAGACAGUUGCGGCAGAACUGCCAGGAGUUAACCCAAGAAUGUGAUGAAAAAAAAGUCCAGUAUGACAGCUGUGCAGCAGGUUUAGAAAGUAAUCGCUCCACACUUGAACAGGAAGUAAAAGGGCUGCGUGAGGAGUGUAUUCAGGAAGAAAGCUGCUAUCAUCAUACUAACUGCAUGAAAAAGAAUCUAGAAAUACAACUUCAACGUGCUAAAGAUGAGAUGAAGACGUAUGUUUCCCCAGAUCCGCAAGACAGAAGAAAAGCAAUUAGAGAACAAUAUACACGAAUGAUCCUUGAACAAGAAAACCUUGGGAAGAAACUACGAGAGAAACAAAAAGCUGUGCGGGAAAGUCAUGGACCAAAUAUGAAGCAAGCUAAAAUGUGGCAGGAUUUUGAGCAACUGAUGGAGUGUAAGAGAGAGUGUUUUCUAAAGCAACAAAAUCAAACUUCUGUUGGUCAAGUCAUUCAGGAAGGUGGCGAGGAUAGGCUGGUAUUAUGAAUUUGUUUUGAAUUCCUGCUUCUAACCUCGUCAUUUCCUCAGAUCAUUCCAUUGAAUAUUGCUUUGUUUUCUCAAUGUUUCUACAUAGGUUACUUUUAAAUUAUUUAUUUUCAGUGGGUAAUAUAAGGUUGAAAUUAACUCCCAAGCAGAGAGCCCUCUACAUUAUUCAAGUGCCAGGUUAAUGACUUAAGUCAUGUGGAGGGUCUUGUGUGAGCCCUCUGCACUGAGGUGAAUUUCACUGUAAAGUCUAUGGAUCUUCCCAAAGAAACCAAGUGGAAGGAGUCCUGUCCCAAGGCCAGAGAAAGCUCGUAGAGCUGCUCUUCAGCUGCUGCUGUAGCCCUAACGCUACAUUUUUCAGAGGGAAGGAUAGGAAGUUCUAGUCCACCCAUGGCCCUCUCCUUCCUGUCUUGCCCCAGUUCAUUCAUUGGUAAGCAUGGAGCCAUUGCAGAACUGAGCUCCGUGCCACGCUAGAGGUGCACACACCCUGCACACUCCACUCCCAAUCCCUCUAUCUCCUUACACAAUUGAAGUAAACUGAUUGUGCUGCCAGAGGACCCUUCAUUGGCACAAAGACAGAAGCAGGAUUUGAGAACAAUUCCUUGGAUUCUGAGCUUUUUCCAUUUUUUCCCCAUUUUUUUUCUUUUUAAAUAUGUGCUGUCUUCUAACUUUGCCCUGUGGUUGUCAUGAAAACUUAAACUGGGGCCUAGUAAGAAAUACAGGCCUAGGGUUUCCCCUGCACUGAGGCAGCUUUGUGCUGCUUUAUUUAUCCAAAGUGAUUCUAAGUGAUAGCUGCCCACAGGAGGAUCAUCCCAGUGCAGUCCUCCAGUGAUGUAGAUCUGGCCCAAUUCCUCCUACAUAAAUUAGGGUAUGGAAAGGUGUUUGUGGGCAAGACUUCCCUGCACCCUGACUAGUUGUCAGAAUAGCCCCUGGAGGACACUGACAGCCUUCAGACUGUUCUGAGAGACAUCAGGAGAUCCACCUGGUGCACAGCUGGCCCAGGAUCAGAGAAGUACAAAAAAUGGCUUGAAACUCCCUCACACCUCCUGAUUUUUGCUGUGCACUCCUUGGCCAAACCGACAAGGGUCAGAGCUAUAGAGUUAUGUCAUGAAGAUCAACAUUCUUACUGCUUUUCUUCUGUUCUUUUGGCCUAUAGAAAAGCCAUUUGGAAAAUUCUAUCCUGUUUGAAAUAAAUUUGACCUAAUUUUUAAUAGUACCUUCAGUGUUACUUUGGGUAUAACAAGUAUUUUAGCCUUCUCUGAUAUUUAACUAUACAGCCACUUGCUGCUUUUUGUGUAAACCCCUUCCCUAAUCUGCAUUUGCGUUAAAUAUAUUAAACAGAAAUAGAAGAAAAAUAAAAUCUGGUGGCGAUAGUGUCUUUAUAAAAAUUUCUUUAGUUGAUGGAAGUAAUUGAACAGUCAUUAUUAAAGGCAAGCAGCUUGCUGGGCCUUAAAGGAAAAAGGUGUUUGAAAAACUCAGAUUCACUUCACAGAGUUAUUUCUUUGGCAACAAAAAGUGUUUGCAGCCAUGCUAAGAAAACAAAGCCUUCAAAUCCCACACAACCCUAAGAUUUGCCUGGAGACGGGGGGUAAGUCCCAUCUCAUCCCCAUGUGGGGCCCUGCCCCUUGGCUCCUCUUUCCCCUUCAGGAUAGCUCAAGGGACUCUUUCUCCACAACUACACACUGACCUUCUCUCCAAGGACAGGUAGAAGCUGCAAAGGGUUAAGCAGCAUUAACUCCUAUGCAGGUUUUCACUGGAUUUGGAGGGAAGCCUGCUGUGGACCUUAGGUAGAUUUACAGGCAGCUGGGAGAGUAUGUCUCAUUGCUACCAUGUGCCUCUUCCACAAUUUGAGUGCCCUACAUGGCAAAAGAAGGAUUGUCUCAAGGUUAAGGCACUGGACUGGAACUACAUCAAACAAUGUGCUAGGGGCAAGCUCAACAAAAUGGCAGCAGACUGUGUGGUAUGGGGAAACCCAGUUCCAGGAAUAUCUUUAGGUUCUUCUCUUGCUAGCCCAGUAUUUAUUAAUUAUUACUUAUUUAUUUACAGUGCUCUAGUGCCAAAUGGAGCUGAAGAAAGUUAUGGGAGUUACAUACUUGGCCUUUUGAGGAAGGGUUAUAGGCAUCUUGUUGAAUGCUUGUCAUCAACAGUGGAAUAGCAUGGCCAUCUAGACAGGAGAUAUAUUAGGGGGAGCCUGGGAUGAUCUCCAGAAAAGGGGCAUUUGGAUUCCUUAGGGGUCAUGUGCAGUGGUGAAGGAGAACACAUGCUCCAAAGCCACAGAAAAGCGGGGAGGGGAGAAGAUGAGGGAGGGACAUGCACAUGAAACUAAUACUUAACAAAAUCCCAAACCCUAAAAUCACACUGAUUAUUCACUAAAUCAUUUAGACAUCUCUUUUUUAUAUGGCACUGCCAGUUGCGCAGGAGUUAUGCUUUGAAAUCUAUAGGAGUAAUGUACAGUCCAACUGGAUGUAAUUUUUUUUCUGUUCAGUGUUACCCUGUAAGCAGAGUCUCUUUCUUUUUAAAAACAAGUUACUGUUAGUUGAUUUAAGAUUACAUGAUGGUUGCACUGAUUUAAUUAGUGCGGCAUCAUUCUUACAGCAUCAGAACGACUUGCUGAAGUGAAGCAGAAAAUCAGAAUUACUCUAAGAAAAGAUAAUUGGAAAAACUAAAAAGCUGUUACACAGUUAUUUUUAGCUUUUAGAUAAGUGGACAUUUAAUGCAGAUUUAUAAUGGAUUCUGUUCAGUGGCUUUUCCAGCCAGUUAGUGAUUUGAUAGGAGCAUUCAAAAAUCUUUGACUGAUUCUGACAGUUAAUUUCUUCUGCUGGUAAUUUACAAAGAAGGAUCUUAUUAUCUUUUGCUCUAUUAGUAUUAAUAGGCUAGCUGGCUACCUAAUGAGAUUACAAAUACAACUUGGAAAAUCACCUGCCUUUUACUUUUGAAGAUCCAAAUUAAAAAAACUGUAGUCAGUGAAAUUCUGUGUUUCUGUACUCUUAAAAAUUUCUUCCUGUUAAGACACCAACUGCAUACAUUGAUUCAAGAGACUAGUACCUAUCUUUACCCAGAAUUAAACCAGGAAAUAAUCCAACUUUAAAGGCUGUUUGUGUUCCAUAGCAUUGCAUGGUUUUGUCAUGCAAGUGUAACACUGAUUCAAGGGAUUUCCUUUUCAAGAGUUACAGGCAACUCCCAAAUGAGUAAGCACUAUGAAUAGGGAAAUCAGAAAUGGGCAUGAGCAAACUUAUUUGGCUUGUUACAUAACCAAUCGGUUAAUACUUUUAUCAUCUGGAUUUCUCAUGCUCAUUUGUUUGGUCAAUAUUAGCAGUUACCAUUUUGCUUCUAUUAGAGCAUUAAUAGAGGAGAAAUAUUAGAAUAUCCCCCAAAUGGCUCAAUCUGCAAACACUUUAUAUAUAUAUAUAAACAUAUAACUUUACUUACGUGAUUAGUACAACUGAGCAAUUCACAUAUGUAAAGCUGUCCACCUGCUUAAGUGUUUGUAGGCUUGAGCUCUAUAGUUGUAUUUUAUUAUGUUUAAAUACGUGAAAUUUUUGGUAGAUAUAAAGUACAAAAAAAGAGCUGAAGAAAAAUCUAGUUCAAUUAAGACCUUAACAUUUUGUUCUAAAAAUAGCAACUCAAAAAUGUUUUGGCACAGAUUAGCCUAAUAAAUAUAAAAUCUAUUAAAGCUGUCUCCUGAAGAAAGCCUGCAAACAUCUGUAUCUUAAGUAAGUAAUACUGUUAGUGACAGCUCAGUGAGUUAAAAAAAGUCCUCAUUGUGAGAGUGUCCUGAUUAAUUAAAAUGGAUGUAUCAUUCUCAGUAUGUAAUAUAAAAUCUGUUCUUAGGGUGACCAGAUGGCCCAGGGAACUGGAAAUGGGAUACAGAGCCUUUCACCUUUAGAUCACUGUUCCAUAUUUGGCCCAGAUCAGCAGUAGCUGAAAGUCACUACUACCUGGAGGCUGUCCUCAGCUCAGUAAAGUAUGCAUAAUGAGUUGGCAGUAUCAGGCCAGUUCCUAAAUCACUGUGGCAGCUGGCAAAGUUUGGCAACCCUGUAGCCAUUCUCAACAGCAACGAAGGCACGGGAUUGAUAGGGCCAUGGAGACCAAGCUACCCUGUCACCAUAGGUGUCCCCACCACAAGAGGGUUGCGCCGCAUUGGCAUGGCAGAAGGUGGGAAGCUUGCCUUGUAUCUGCUUUGUGGAUAAAGAAAACUACAGACUUGAUGCCUGUAAAUCUGGCACCUUUCAUUAGCGCUAUAUUCGCUCAGAUUUAAAUGAAAAAAAACAAAAAGAACAAAUAACUUGUUCUAUGUAUGUCCAAUGUUAUUUAUAUCAGCAGGUUUCCUACUGUGUUAACUCUUCAGCUCCCUUUCUGUUCUGGUCUUUGUUCCAGCCUCAGAAGGGUAGCAGAAUGCAACAAUUUUCUUGGACAUGUGAAUGUUCCAAUAGGGAAGUAUUGCAUGGAUCAGCUUUGGAGGUGUCUAUUUCUCAAGGUAUCCGCUGCAUGAGGCAACACCUAAAUAAUUAGGUAGUUAAGUAGUCUCAAAAUUUAGGCUAUUUUAAAGUUGUUUUAAUAUGAAGAGGAAGGGGCCUCUGGAUCCUGAAUGUGUGACCCAUACAAACCCAAUUUUUCUGCUCUUGUGCUCCCUAUGUUCGUUCUGCCUCAGUUUCCAGACACCAUCGCUAACCUAACUAAAACAUGGCAGGGGACGGUUUUUCACAAAUAAUUGUGCUGUGCUGCUUUCAGUGAUUUUGGUAUACAAACAAGGAAAUACUGUAAGCAGUUGGGGCCAUGAUAACUUAAUGCCCCAUUAGAAGCACAAGAUUGUAGGAGAGGCAGAGCAAAAUUUCCUACAUAAUUGAGAUAAAAUCAGCAAGGAAUUGUGGGUCAAAUCCUGCAGUCCUUCCGACAAAAUUCUUGUUGACUUUAAUUGGAAUUUUGCCACAAUAAGGUCUGAUGGAGUUAGCCCUGUGUUCUUUUUCCUGGCAAAACAUCAGUAGUUAAAGGGACAGUGUAAAACUUAAAAAAAAAAAAAUUAAAAAUAUAUAUUCUUGCCUAAAAUAAUGGUCUUGAUCCUGCUGAAGACUCCCACUAAAGUGGGACACCUUAAUUAAAAGACCUGAAAUUUAUUAAAGUUUUUCUCAGCAUGAAAGAUAAAAAGAGGCCAGUUGGUAUGACUUUAGUUUGUAGUUGCUGUCUACUCAGUUUCACUGUCAGGUUCUCAUGCAGUAACACAAUGCUGCAAUAUUUAUGACUUUAUUCUUUCAAAAAAAUUAAACUACUGCUUUUUUAUUUUAUUUCAUGGAAAUAUUUAUUUUCAUGAAUGGUAAAAAAAGAAAAUAAAAAAAUUUUCACCAUUUUUUCCCAUUGUUCUUAGGUUAGAGAAAAACAUAAUUUUUACAAAAUGUGUGGAAAACUUGAUCCAGACAUGUCCCUUUAACGAAAUCCUAUUCCCAGAGCAAUGCAAAUACCAUAUAAUAUAGCCAUGAAGAAAAUGAAACAAAACCCUUCAGGUUAGCUGCAACUCUGCUGAAAACAUAGAAUCAGUAUCUGUCAAAUGGAUUAAGGCUCUGAUCUUGCAAUUGGAUCCACAAAGGCAGAGCGUAUAUCUGCGCAGAGCCCUAUUCAAGUCAAUCAGUACUGAACAAAAUCACACUUUUAAGUUUUUGAUUGCAACUAUUAGAGUUUUUAAAAAGCACCCAUUAACACAGUAAGAACAUCACAGUGUCUCUUUUUGGAAUAUAACAAAGCCAGAUCCUGCACACUUUGGCCAAACUAAUCCUUGAGAAGAGUUUGGUCUACAGCAGUAGGGCAAACAGGAUUUGACCAAUAUUUAAAGAUAAAUUCUUCUCUCUCCCUUUGAAUGGAGAGGAAACUGUCCUCGUUAUUUUACAAAUAAUGAACCACAAACACAUGCAUUUUAUGCAAAUAAUAAAGAUGUAUGAGGGAAUCAUGCAGAAAUUGGCCAAGUAAUGUUUUGUUUUUAAAUUAUGUAAAUGAUGCAUGAAGAUAAAUAAAUAGCUAGAGAAGAUAUUGGGCUAAGUGAGAUUUUAUACAAUUCAAAAGCAUUAGUUUUUCCAUUGAAUUAUUUCUAAAAAAUCGAUUUAACGAUUGAAAGUCUGAGGCUAUAAAAUGUUAAGUGAAAAAUUCAGAAGCUUAUUUGAUUUACUCCAAUGGAGCAUUAUCUGAACAGUAACAUGUUUAGACAUGGCUGUUGCAAAUGGAAAUGUCAGAUCCCUAAAUGAAGAAUUAAGUGAGGAAGAGUUGAUUGACCCAAGAUUUGAGAAGUUAAAAAUUGCGUGAGAAUUAUGCAUAUUGGAUAUUGGUGAUCAACUGACUUUUAAAUUGUACAUUCUCCAAAUGCUGAACUUUCUUCUAUCGCUUUCAAUGCAAUUAAUGUUUGACAAUUUAUUUGUAAAUCGUUGUAUUAACCUUGCUUUAGUCUGCCAUAUUUUUAUUGUAUAAAAAUGUAUUUUUUAAGCCUUAAAGAUUAAAAUUGUGUCAUUUGA